ACAAUCACCUAAUGCUCGAUAUCUACUUCGAUUCACUCAGCUUUUCAAGGAUCACACAAUCUAAGGCGGUCACCGAAAUCAGCCUUAUGAGAAGUGAAUCAUCUUUAAGACACAGUGAACCUUCAAAGACAUUUCCAGGAUGAUUUUAUAAUUUCCAAGAUGAUUUUCGUUAUUAAAUUUCAUAUUUGUUUUUAUUGUUGGUUUUAUUGCAGAAAUAACAGUCCAAGAGUUAGAAACCUUACCAAACUAAAUAAAUUUUGGUCCCACAGCCAUUAGUAUGUGGUUUAGAAUCGACAUAUUGAAGGUUUUUGUAAUUUUUUCCCUAUAUGAUGCAAGUAACUUUACAAAUCAUACAUUAAAAAGAAGGUUUUUACAUACUGAUGAAGUUCGUAAUACAUUAUAUUUUAUUAUUUUUCUUCUUUUCUGAAAAAAAAGAUUUAUUAUGACGUCAUCAAAAAAAAUAAAAUAUGAGUUUAAAGAUUUUAUACUGCACAAACUUCCUAAAGAAAGUUUUGGUCUAUCUGCUAUGAUUUGCUUGCAAAAUCCAAUUAAGUAAGACCUGGUCAAAAAGUGUCAAAUUUCGAAAAACAAUCUCGCGGCCAAGGUUGAGUAGCAUGACUUUAGAAGUUUUAGAUGACGUAUAUUGUUUGCUGGUAAUAGCGUUUGCACAGGUUAUCUGCUAACAUAGUUAGUUAAUAUUAAAUCAAACCUUAUACACACAACAGCGUAAUCAUAUGCUUGUUGCAUUAGUUGCAAAUAUGAGAAGGAAAUUAACUAUCCUAGUUUUAAUAUUUGGGUUCGGAUUCGGUUCAUGGGUUUUGAUCGGGAAAAUAAACACAAUCUAUCAACAAAGCAAGGUGAAAACAUGGAAGAAUGAACUCCCUAAGAUAAAUGAACCAACAAUCAAAGACCCUGAGAAAUCAUGUGAGCCAAUCACGAAAAUCAUGUUCAUGAAGACUCACAAAACAGCCAGCACGUCGGUAAUGAAUAUAAUUGAACGAUACGCUGUGAAACAUAACCUCACUAUAGCCCUACCUAAUGGUGUGGAUUGGGCCCGGUUCAAUUAUCCCAACCCCUUCCAUGAAAGAAUGGUUUUCCCAUUGUUACACGGGCAAGAUCAUUAUGAUGUCAUAUGUCACCAUAUGAGGUUCAACUCAAAGCAAGUUAAUAAAAUAUUGCCGCGUCAUGUUGCAAAAUACGUGACAAUCCUACGCGAGCCGGGGAAAAUGUUUGAAUCGAUAUUCGAUUAUUUUUAUGACCUUGUGGAUUUUUUUCACAACGUUCCUUCAAGUUCGAGGGAAAACUUGGAGAUUUGGUUGGACGAUGCGCCAAGCCGUAUUAACCGGGGUGGGAAAGGUAUGUAGGAAUGAACAUAUUUAUUUUUGGGUGGUGGGGCUAUUUCAGAAGUUAUAUUUUGUCCUACAAAUGCUGCUUUUGCACAGCAUUGCAGGAGUUUAAGAGUGCUCGCUUUGUAACUGUAAGGAUACCGAGUUUAAACCUCAAUGCUGCUACCACUGUGGGUGGGAACGUCCUUGAGCAAGUGAUACUAAAUAUUAUCAAACAUUUCUCCAACCCGGUGACCACUUAUUGGUUGUUAAAAUUGGCAAUGUAAUGCCCUAAAAGCGAAAACACACACAAGUCCACAAUGGUAGCAGCAGUCAAACUAGAACCUCCUGUUAUCUUGCUUUAAUUACAUGUAAACAUUCAUCCACUAGUUAUUACUUAUAUUUUCUAAGGAGCUUAUUGGUUUAUUGGAAAAAACCUUGAAUAUUAUGAUCUGGGGUUUUCGAAUAUGAAUGAACAGGCAAAUUACUUGAAACUGGCGGCCGAAAGAAUUGAACAAGAGUUUGAUCUUGUUAUGAUAUCUGACCAUUUCAUUGAGUCAAUUAUUUUACUUAAGGUGGGUCAAAAGGUUUCCACUGCGUGCCUUGCCACAGGACAAAAGUUAUGUAAUAGCAUAAUGUAACGAGAAGACCCGAAAAUUGGAAGUAAAAUUAAAAUGACUUUGAGCGUGUGAUCAAAAAGAAAUUGUAAACGGCACCAACAAAGUUACUGUUUGUUAUACAGGCUAAGUAUUUAGAUUGUAUGAAUGUAGAUAUCAGUUUAUCACAUGCAAGUUACCAACGGAAAUCAUAUGUAGAUUAAUUAAACUUGUAUAUUCCCCGAAUUAUAACAAACAGUUAAAGUGUUGAUAGGUCUUACCAUUAAAAUGGGGUAACAGGACAACUCUGACAUAAAUCCAAGUCCCUGGCCUGCUAUCUUGUUUGUCAAUCGCACAGAACAUCAACAAAACUUCGACAAAACUAAAAUCCUGACUAGUCGUAUAUCUUUUGCAGUGUUGCCUAGUUUUAAUGUAACGUACAUAUACUUAAAAUUCUAACUCUAAUUAAUGUUUAUUUAUAGGACUUAAUGUGCUGGGACCUUAAAGACGUCGUUUCUUUGAAAUUAAAUUCUAGAAAAAGCAAAAGUCCGGAACAACCAGAGCAAUUAAGGCGGAAAAUCCGAAACUGGAAUAAAGCAGACGCAUUCCUGUUCGAUCACUUUAACGCCACCUUAUGGAGAAAGGUUGAGGCGUUUGGCCACCAGAGGAUGGCGCAAGAGAUCGCGGAAUUAAAAAGAUUGAACGGGGAGUUUUUUAAAGAAUGUGUGAAUGACACUGGCGUUGUGGGAAGUAAAAAUAAACUGCUUAAUCCAAGCGGGAGACUAGAUUUAAAAGCAUACGCGCCAAAAAACAAUGUCUCACAAAUGUGCCAGCUGGCCACUAUGGGUGAAUUACAAAUCUCUUCAAAAUUAAAAGACAACUAUUUAAGGCAAAAAAAAUUAUUAGGUUAAAAUUUGUUAUCGCUUUUAGAUAUGCUGUGAUUUUUGUAGUUUUUGUAGUUUUUGUAGUGUUAAACAGAGUACUCAACAAUUUUGGUAAAAUUGCAAGGCAAUCAUAAAAACAAAAAACAUUAGAUAAACAUUUUUAUCGCUUUUAGAUAUGCUGUAAUUUUUGUAGUUUUUGUAGUGUUAAACAGAGCAAUUAUAUUUCAUUUGCAAUGAAUUAGGAACAUACACGGGCGUGGUUAUGUACACAAUACAGCACCAAAGCUAUUUAAAACACAACAUGGUAUCUAUAUAAGAAAACAUGGUAUUUGCUGUAAAUAA